AUAUUUUAUUUAAUGAAAGUUGUAUUUCAAAUUUGCAUCAUUUCCUUAUUAUUGACUACAUGCUAUGCAUUCAAUAUUCAUUAAUAUGCUAAUAUGUUACCUGGUCUCAAAUUACCUCCCAACACUAAAACCAGAGUAUUAAUUAUUGAUACUUUUGAAGACUUUUUAUGGGCCAAUCUAUAUGUAGGGUAUAAUCAACAAUAUUUCAAUUUAGACUUUUCUAUUACUUUUCAUACUUAGCAACUGGAGCUGCUUUAGAAUUUACUAAUCCUAUACCAAAAUCUACUUUCAGAAUGAAAAACAUGAAACUUGAAAUUAGUAGAGGAGUCUAAGCCUUAUUCUGGGUACUACUCUCUGCCACUAUAUUCAUGUGGAAAAUCGAACCUUUAACACCUUAUUAUGGUUAUUAUGAAACACAUGAUUUUGGAUUAAAAGAAUGGCUAAUUGGACUUUUUGUGUAUUUCUAUUAUAUUUAAUCAUUAGAUAUUCCAUUGGAUUUGAUUUCUAUUUCUAUGUCACUCAUAUUAUUCUUCAUCAACCAUUCUUUUGGAAAUACAUUCACAAACAACAUCAUGAAUUUAUAGAACCAACUGCAUUUGCUUAAGAUGCUGUCCAUCCAAUUGAAGCUAUAGUAUAAGGUCCUUUAGGACAUUUCUUCCCUUGUCUUUUCUACCCAAUCCCUCCAGUUUGGCAUCAGUAUAUUUUAUUAUUUAACAAUAAGCUUUUUUGGUUUUUUGACUGCCGUCUAUGCCUAAGCUGCUCAUGAUGGAAGAUGGGAUCCAUUUGGACAUAUCAAUCAUCAUUUCUAUGUCACUUGUAAUUAUGGAAUAUGGGGUGUAUGUGAUAGAAUAUUUUAAACCAAUCAUUCCUCAUCAAGAUUUCCUGUUAGAUAUGUUCCAAGUUGGGAAAAAGAUGCUAAGAAAUUGAAAUAAUGAUCUUAAAUAAUUCACAAAUAAAUCAAAAUUCC